GUACUUUGCCUCUCUCCACCCCCUUUUUUUCCUUUUUAGUUUUUUCCUUUUCUUUCUCUCUCUAACCCCCACUUGUUCCCGCACUAACUAAGAUAUGGUACAAGCAAAGAAGUUCAGAGGAGUCAGGCAGCGCCAGUGGGGCUCUUGGGUGUCAGAAAUUCGCCACCCUUUACUUAAGAGAAGAGUGUGGCUAGGCACAUUUGAGACAGCGGAGGCAGCAGCAAGGGCAUAUGAUCAAGCAGCCAUUUUGAUGAAUGGUCAGAAUGCUAAGACCAAUUUCCCUACAUCGAAGAACCAAGCUGAAGAUUCCACCCAUUGCGGUGGUGAUGACACUUUCUUGUCUCCCAAGGCUCUUUCUGAGCUUCUCAGCACAAAGCUAAGAAAGUACUGCAAAGACCCUUCUCCAUCCCUCACUUGUUUGAGGCUAGAUGCUGACAAUUCUCACAUUGGAGUGUGGCAAAAAGGUGCAGGACCACAUUCUGGAUCCAACUGGGUCAUGAGGGUAGAGCUUGGGAAGAAACACACGGAGGGUGAAUCCACAGGGUUGCCACACACUGGUGGUGACAUUAUUAAUGCUGAAAAUGCGGUUGAAGAAGAGGAAAGAGUUGCCAUGCAGAUGAUUGAAGAGCUACUUAACUGGAACUACCCUUGUGCUUCAAGUUCAUGUGACCAGGAAGAGAAAAGGAACCUUCCAUGUCAUAGUUCUUAAAAUAGUAAUUAAUCCCUUUUUUCUCAUGCCAUCAUUUUCAUUUACUUUUGUCUUCUGUAAAAAUGUUUGUCAAAUGUUCAGUCUGAUAGCUACUUAAUACACUUUAUGUAAUGCUUUGAUUGGUGGUAAGCUUGAUAACUUGGAUCAAAUUAGUGGGAAAUUAGGAAACAAGAAAAGGAAAUUAGACUGUCAAUUAUGAUUAUUCCUUUGAAGUAACAAGUAACGCUUGGAAAAGAAUUCCAGCCACAGGUAACAUAUAAUAUAAUAGGUCUUUUAUUGAUCAAGUGGACUCAGUUGGAUAUCUCUGAUUC